GUAAAUAAGGCUUUGGAGAAGAAGCUGGAUAUUUAUGUUGCUGUAGGGCACGUAAAAAGGAAACAGCCCAUCUAGAAAAGAGAAGUAAACCCAGAAGGAGGAAGAGAAGACGUGUUUGUAGGCUCCUUACGUGGGACCCUUCGGGUUUUCGUGUUACACAACUGCAUAAUGAUUAAAACAUUUGUGUUUUUAGCUACAAGUUAAGAAAACUCUUAAGAAAACUGGUAUCGAACAGUGAAAAUAUCUCCCAUUCAGAACUGUUUCUAUUAGAACCUUCUGCCUCGUUGGCUUUCUGGAGUAGCAGCCAUGGUCGCCCUGUCGCUGAAGAUCGGCGUUGGAAACGUCGUGAAGACCAUGCAGUUCGAGCCCUCCACCAUGGUCUAUGAUGCCUGCCGAAUAAUACGGGAAAGAGUUCCAGAGGCGCAGCUGGGCCAGCCUAAUGAUUACGGAUUGUUCCUGUCAGAUGAAGACCCCAAAAAAGGGAUCUGGCUGGAGGCUGGGAAGGCGCUUGACUAUUACAUGCUGAGGAAUGGGGACACAUUAGACUACAAAAAGAAACAGAGACCCCUGAAGAUCAGGAUGCUUGAUGGAACUGUGAAAACAGUCAUGGUGGAUGAUUCCAAAACGGUCUGUGACAUGCUAAUGACCAUCUGUGCCAGGAUAGGCAUUACCAACUAUGAUGAGUACUCGCUGGUGCGUGACAUUGGGGAGGAGAAAAAAGAGGAGAACACAGGAACCCUGAAAAAAGACAAAACGCUCCUGCGAGAUGACAAGAAGAUGGAGAAGCUGAAACAGAAGCUGCACACAGACGAUGAUUUGAACUGGCUGGACCAUGGAAGGACCCUCCGAGAGCAGGGCGUAGAGGAAACGGAGAUGCUGCUGCUUAGAAGAAAGUUCUUCUACUCUGAUCAGAAUGUGGACUCCAGAGAUCCAGUGCAGCUCAACCUGCUUUAUGUCCAGGCCCGAGAUGAUAUCCUGAAUGGCUCCCACCCUGUCUCCUUUGACAAGGCUUGCGAAUUUGCUGGGUACCAGUGUCAAAUUCAGUUUGGAGACCACAAUGAGCAGAAGCACAAGCCAGGAUUCCUUGAUUUGAAAGAGUUCCUACCAAAAGAAUACAUAAAAAACAAAGGAGAGAAAAAAAUAUUUCAGGCCCACAAGAAUUGUCAAAAUAUGACAGAAAUUGAAGCAAAAGUAAGCUACGUCAAACUUGCCAGAUCUCUUAAAACCUAUGGUGUAUCGUUCUUUCUUGUAAAGGAGAAAAUGAAAGGAAAAAACAAACUGGUUCCACGCUUGCUGGGAAUUACAAAAGAGAGUGUGAUGAGAGUUGAUGAAAAAACCAAGGAGGUGAUACAAGAAUGGAGCCUUACAAACAUCAAGCGCUGGGCUGCCUCACCCAAGAGCUUUACUCUGGAUUUUGGUGAUUACCAAGAUGGUUACUACUCUGUCCAGACAACUGAAGGUGAACAGAUUGCACAGUUGAUAGCUGGCUACAUUGACAUCAUUCUUAAAAAGAAAAAGAGUAAAGACCACUUUGGAUUAGAGGGAGAUGAAGAAUCAACGAUGUUGGAGGACUCUGUGUCACCCAAAAAGUCCACGGUCCUCCAGCAGCAGUUCAACAAAAUGGGGAAGGUGGAGCACGGCUCCGUGGCCCUGCCCGCCAUCAUGCGCUCUGGGGCUGGUGGACCUGAAAGCUUUCAGGUGGGCACCAUGCCCCAGGCCAAGCAGCAGUUCACCAGCGGACAGAUGCACAGAGGUCACAUGCCACCACUGACAUCGGCUCAGCAGGCUCUCACCGGCACUAUAAACUCAAGCAUGCAGGCUGUUCAGGCUGCACAGGCCUCCCUGGAUGAAUUCGACACUCUGCCUCCUCUCGGGACUGAUGCUGCCUCCCAGGCCUGGCGUAGAAACAAAAUGGAUGAAUCAAAACAUGAGAUCCACUCCCAGGUUGAUGCAAUUACAGCCGGAACUGCAUCAGUGGUGAACCUCACUGCAGGAGACCCAGCAGACACCGACUACACUGCCGUGGGCUGUGCGGUGACCACCAUCUCCUCCAACCUCACGGAGAUGUCGAAGGGGGUGAAGCUGCUGGCCGCCCUGAUGGAGGACGAGGGCGGCAACGGGCAGCAGCUCCUUCACGCUGCCAAGAAUCUUGCCUGUGCCGUGUCUGACAUGCUGAAGACGGCGCAGCCAGCCAGCACGGAGCCUCGUCAGAACCUGCUCCAGGCUGCAGGCAAUGUGGGCCAGGCCAGUGGUGAGCUCCUCCAACAAAUUGGCGAGAGCGAUGCAGACCCCAGGUUCCAGUUUUUUCUAGGUAAAGGAUCAUUCAGGGGCACAAGGCGGACUCACACAUCUUAUAGUCAAACAAUGGACAUGCUGAUGCAGCUGGCUAAGGCAGUAGCCAACGCCGCGGCUGCCCUGGUCCUCAAGGCCAAGAAUGUGGCCCAGAAGACGGAGGACGCUGGUCUGCAGAACCGCGUGAUUGCUGCAGCUACGCAGUGUGCUCUCUCUACCUCUCAGCUGGUGGCCUGCACUCGGGUGGUAGCUCCCACAAUUAGCUCCCCGGUGUGCCAGGAGCAGCUGAUCGAGGCUGGGAAGCUGGUAGCCAAGUCUGUGGAGGGCUGUGUGGAGGCCUCCCAAGCUGCCACCAAUGACGAGCAGCUGCUGAAGCAGGUGGGGGUGGCAGCCACAGGGGUGACGCAGGCCCUGAACGACCUGCUGCAGCACAUCAAGCAGUACGCCACUGGGGGGCAGCCCAUUGGCCGCUACGACCAGGCGACUGACACUAUUCUCAACGUCACCGAGAAUAUCUUCAGUUCCAUGGGCGAUGCAGGCGAGAUGGUGAGGCAGGCUCGUAUCCUGGCCCAGGCCACAUCCGACCUGGUCAACGCCAUCAAGGCAGACGCCGAAGGCGAGACGGAUCUGGAGAACUCCCGCAAGCUGCUCUCUGCAGCCAAGCUGCUCGCUGAUGCAACUGCCAAGAUGGUGGAAGCAGCCAAGGGAGCUGCUGCUAAUCCAGACAGCGAGGAGCAGCAGCAGAAACUGCGGGAGGCGGCUGAGGGUCUGAGGAUGGCCACCAACGCUGCAGCUCAGAACGCCAUCAAGAAGAAACUCAUCAACAAACUGGAGAAUGCUGCAAAGCAGGCAGCUGCGGCUGCCACUCAGACGAUUGCGGCUGCACAACACGCUGCUUCCUCCAACAAGAACCCUGCCGCCCAGCAGCAGCUGGUCCAAAGCUGCAAGGUUGCUGCUGAUCAGAUCCCAAUGCUUGUCCAGGGAGUCCGAGGAAGUCAGGCUCAGCCAGACAGCCCCAGUGCCCAGCUGGCUCUCAUUGGGGCGAGCCAGAACUUCCUACAACCUGGAGCUAAGAUGGUCACUGCCGCCAAAGCCACUGUACCUACCAUCGGAGACCAGGCCUCAGCCAUGCAGUUGAGCCAGUGUGCCAAGAAUCUGGCGAGUGCCCUGGCUGAGCUCAGGACUGCGGCGCAGAAGGCACAGGAAGCCUGUGGGCCCCUGGAAGUUGACAACGCUCUGAACGUCGUCCGUAACCUAGAGAAGGACAUGCAGGAAGCCAAGGCCUCAGCUGCGAAUGGGAAGCUGAAGCCCUUGCCUGGCGAAACACUGGAGAAAUGUUCACAAGACCUGGGGACCAGCACCAAGGCAGUGAGUUCUGCCAUUGCUCAGCUGCUCAGCGAAGUGACCCAAGGGAACGAGAAUUACACAGGAAUGGCCGCGCGUGACUUGGCUCAAGCCUUGCGAUCCCUGGGAUCUGCUGCCCGUGGCGUAGCGGCCAACACUCCCGACCCACAGGCCCGGAAUGCCAUCUUGGACUGUGCCGUCGAUGUCCUGGACAAAUCAGCCAACCUGAUUGAGGAGACCAAGCGGGCUGUGGCCAAGCCGGGAGACCCCGACAGCCAGCAGAGACUAGCCCAGGUGGCUAAAGCUGUGUCGCAGGCCCUGAACAGGUGUGUGAACUGCCUGCCUGGACAAAGAGAUGUGGACAAUGCUAUCAGGACUGUGGGAGAGGCCAGCAAAAAACUUCUUGCAGAAUCAUUCCCUCCAAGCUCCAAGAGCUUCCAGGAAGCUCAGGGCAACCUGAACCAGGCUGCCGCUGGGCUGAACCAGUCAGCCAAUGAGCUGGUCCAGGCCUCUCGGGGCACCACACAGGAGCUGGCCAAGGCUUCCGGCAAGUUCGGCCAGGAUUUCAAUGAGUUCCUGCAGGCCGGCGUCGAGAUGGCUGGGCAAUCUCAGUCAAAGGAAGACCAGACUCAAGUGGUCACCAACCUCAAGACUAUCUCCAUGUCGUCCAGCAAGCUCCUGCUGGCAGCUAAGGCCCUGUCCGCUGAUCCAAACGCCCCCAACCUCAAGAACCAGCUGGCGGCAGCCGCACGUGCGGUUACUGACAGCAUUAACCAGCUGAUCACCAUGUGCACCCAGCAGGCCCCUGGACAGAAAGAGUGUGACAAUGCACUCAGGGAACUUGAGACGGUGCGCGGCAUGCUGGAGAACCCCACUGAAGCAGUGAACGACAUGUCCUACUUCGACUGCAUCGACAGCGUGAUGGAGAACUCCAAGGUACUGGGAGAAGCUAUGGCAGGAAUCUCCCACAAUGCUAAAAACAGUAACCUGCCUGAGUUUGGUGACUCUGUCAGCUCGGCCUCGAAAGCUCUCUGUGGACUUACUGAAGCAGCUUCACAGGCGGCGUACCUGGUUGGCGUUUCGGAUCCCAAUAGCCAUGCAGGCCAGCAGGGAUUGGUGGAUCCGGCCCAAUUUGCCCGAGCAAACCAGUCCAUCCAGAUGGCCUGUCAGAAUCUGGUGGAUCCAGCAUGCACCCAGUCACAGGUUCUCUCCGCUGCAACCAUUGUUGCCAAACACACAUCAGCCCUCUGCAACGCCUGUCGUCUCGCCUCCUCCAAAACGUCGAACCCUGUUGCUAAGAGACAGUUUGUCCAGUCAGCCAAGGAAGUGGCUAACAGUACAGCUAAUCUUGUCAAGUCAAUCAAAGCAUUGGACGGGGCUUUCAACGAUGAGAACCGUCAGAAGUGCAGGGCUGCAACCGGCCCUCUGAUUGAGGCUGUGGACAAUCUCACUGCCUUCGCCUCCAAUCCAGAGUUUGCCAGCGUUCCUGCUCAGAUCAGCCCAGAGGGACUGGCAGCCAUGGAGCCUAUAAUGGCAGCAGCCAGGACAAUGCUGGAGAGCUCAACAGGGCUGAUCCAGACGGCCCGCUCGCUGGCUGUGAAUCCCAAAGAUCCGCCUAAGUGGUCGGUGCUGGCUGGGCACUCUAGGACGGUCUCUGACUCCAUCAAGAAACUCAUCACCAAUAUGCGAGACAAGGCCCCUGGCCAGCGGGAGUGUGAUGAGGCAAUUGAAGUCCUCAAUAAGUGCAUGAGAGAUGUGGAUCAGGCUUCCCUAGCUGCUAUCAGCCAGCAGCUUACACCCAGGGAUGACAUUUCACUGGAGGCCCUUCAUGAGCAAAUGGCAGCUUCAGUACAGGAGAUUAGCAAUCUGAUCGAACCAGUUGCUGUAGCAGCUCGCUCGGAGGCCUCUCAGCUUGGGCACAAGGUGUCUCAUAUGGUCAGUUACUUUGAGCCUCUGAUCAUGGCUUCUAUUGGCGCUGCCUCGAAGAUCCUCAACAGCCAGCAGCAGAUGAACGUGCUGGAUCAGACCAAGACGCUGGCAGAGUCAGCUCUGCAAAUGCUUUACACAGCCAAGGAGGCUGGAGGCAAUCCCAAAGCAGCACACACACAGGAGGCUCUGGAGGAGUCCGUGCAGAUGAUGAAGGAAGCUGUGGACGACCUGGCUGCCACACUGGCCGAGGCUGCCAGUGCUUCUGGAGCUGUGGGCGGCAUGGUGGACUCUAUCACUCAGGCCAUCAACAAGAUGGAUGAGGCCCCAGCUGGUGAGCCAGAGGGCACUUUUGUUGACUACCAGACCACUAUGGUGAAGACUGCCAAAGCCAUUGCUGUCACGGUGCAGGAAAUGGUUACUAAGUCCAACACCAACCCAGAUGAACUGGGUUCUUUGGCUAACCAGCUCACCAGUGAAUUUGGCCAGCUUGCACAAGAAGCUAAACCUGCAGCAAUCACGGCUGAAAACGAAGAGAUCGGAUCCCACAUCAAGAAACAGGUGCAAGACCUGGGUCACAACUGUACCAGCCUGGUGACCAAAGCAGGUGCCCUGCAGUGCAGCCCCAAUGAUGCCUUCACCAAGAAAGAGCUCAUUGAGAGCGCACGCAAGGUCUCGGAGAAGGUAUCUCACGUACUGGCCGCUCUACAGGCUGGGAACCGUGGGACCCAGGCCUGCAUCACUGCUGCAAGUGCUGUGUCUGGCAUCAUCGCCGACUUGGACACCACCAUCAUGUUUGCCACAGCAGGCACCCUCAACCGGGAGAACGCUGAGACCUUCGCUGAUCACAGGGAGAGCAUCCUGAAGACUGCCAAGGCGCUGGUGGAGGACACAAAACUGCUGGUGUCAGGGGCAGGGGCAAGCCAGGAGAGGCUGGCCCAGGCGGCGCAGUCCUCUGUCACCACCAUCACCAAGCUGGCUGACGUGGUCAAGCUGGGAGCUGCUAGCCUGGGUGCCGAGGACCCCGAGACGCAGGUGGUCCUGAUCAACGCAGUGAAAGAUGUGGCAAAGGCUCUUGGUGACCUGAUUAGUGCCACCAAGGCAGCAGCAGGGAAGCCACACGAUGACCCAGCCAUGCUUCAGCUCAAGAAUUCUGCCAAGGUGAUGGUGACCAAUGUGACAUCACUCCUGAAGACGGUCAAGGCUGUGGAAGAUGAAGCUACUAAAGGAACCAGAGCCCUAGAGGCCACCAUUGAGCACAUUAAACAGGAGCUGGCAGUAUUCAAAAGCCCAGAACCUCCUCCCAAGACAGCAACACCAGAGGAAUUCAUCCGCAUGACAAAAGGCAUCACUAUGGCAACCGCGAAAGCAGUGGCUGCUGGGAACUCGUGUCGUCAAGAAGACAUCAUUGCUACGGCUAACUUGAGCCGUAGGGCCAUAGCUGAUAUGUUGCACUCUUGUAAGCAAGCGGCAUAUCACCCUGAAGUAAGUAAAGAUGUGCAGACAAGAGCUCUCCGAUAUGGCAAAGAGUGUGCAACUGGAUACCUGGGCCUGCUGGAGCAUGUUCUGGUGCCGAUCAUCCAGAAGCCCUCUCAUGACCUCAAGCAGCAGCUGGCAGGGUACUCCAAGCGUGUGGCUGGGUCAGUCACAGAGCUCAUUCAGGCAGCAGAAGCCAUGAAAGGAACAGAAUGGGUUGAUCCAGAGGACCCCACUGUCAUUGCUGAGAAUGAGUUGCUUGGAGCAGCAGCUGCAAUUGAGGCUGCAGCCAAGAAGCUGGAGCAGCUUAAGCCCAGAGCCAAACCUAAGGAAGCGGAUGAAAGCCUGAACUUUGAGGAACAGAUCUUGGAAGCUGCCAAGUCCAUCGCUGCGGCGACCAGUGCACUGGUGAAAGCGGCCUCAGCUGCGCAGAGAGAGCUGGUGGCACAGGGCAAGGUUGGCGCCAUACCAGCCAAUGCAGUGGAUGAUGGGCAGUGGUCUCAGGGUCUCAUUUCUGCUGCCCGAAUGGUUGCCGCGGCUACCAACAACCUCUGCGAAGCAGCUAACUCUGCUGUCCAGGGCCAUGCCAGCGAGGAGAAACUUAUCUCCUCGGCCAAACAAGUGGCAGCAUCAACUGCCCAGCUGCUGGUGGCGUGUAAAGUCAAGGCUGACCAGGACUCUCAGACCAUGAAAAGACUUCAGGCUGCUGGCAAUGCUGUGAAGAGAGCCUCAGACAACCUGGUGAAGGCUGCACAGAAAGCAGCAUUUGAUUCCCAUGACGACGAGGCCGUUGUUGUAAAGAGCAAGAUGGUUGGUGGUAUUGCUCAGAUCAUUGCGGCGCAGGAGGAGAUGCUGAGGAAGGAGAGAGAGCUGGAUGAGGCACGAAAGAAACUCGCCAUGAUCAGGCAGCAGCAGUACAAGUUCUUGCCCUCCGAACUGCGAGAGGAUGGACAGGAGCAAUGAGGGGCAAGGCCAUCUGUUAAUUUACAGAGAUAUACAGAAUAUAGCGAGGUUUUUUUAACAAACGGGAUUCGGGAUAACAGAUAAAUUCAGGACUUCAUCUGGCCAGCAAGAAGUAAUCUAAAUAGAGGUUUAAAAAAAUCCCUGUUACAUUUGGAUUUUGUGGGGGGGAAAUGGGAUUUGGUGGCAGAUGAAUCCAAAUAGGUCAAAGAUGAAAUGAAAGAUUUCUAUUUUUACAGUUAUUUGAAAAUCAUUUUUAUUUCUUCUUGUUGGUUUCAACCCUUUUUUAAGUUAAGCGUUAAUGCCACUUUUGAUAAUGUACAAUGUAUGCAAUUCCAUUUAGAUGAGUGCUCCUUUGCUAGCCCGAUUUAAUAAGCUCUUUAAGAUGAGUGGAACUUGUUUGCUUUCACCUGCUCUUUCUAUGGCAUUAGUUUCUUUCACUUGUAGGUUGCUUGUGAAGAUUUCGCUGUACUGAGGUUCCAUUUUCCCCGUGGCUUAAUUCUGAAGUGCAUUCUUGCCAAAAGGUGGGGUUGCAUGAUUAAUAUCUGUGGCUCCACCUGCUGGACCAAAACAAAAAAGCAGCGCGACACCUUGUUUGGACAAGUUGUGGAAACACUGAAAUGCCCCCCCCAAAAAAAAUUGAUUACACAUGCCAUAAUUCGUAGUGUUGCAGUCAUUAUAUAGAGAGUUCCAAAGCAGACAGAACUUAAUGUUAACCUUAGCUAAGUAAUAUUUAAUGCAACUUGGCGUAACUCGGGCAAGAAGUGCAAUUAUUAAAAUACAGCAUUGAAACAAUAAAUAAAAGUAUGUAUUUAAGCAAGGUAAGCAUACAUAUCAUUUUAGAAAAUGUAUUGAAAAUGGUAUCGUCUAUGAAAUUUAUAUAUAGAUUAACUGUCCGUUGGCAUUUUUGAAGGUGUCUGGAUUUGGACGUACUUGCCAUUGUCAACUUUGGACCUGUAAGAGAGAAUGUAUUUUCCAGUUAAAUAUAUAUAAACAUUGAAAACGUUGCUUUUACAGUCUGUGUACUGAAUGAUAAGAAAAUUAAAAAAUAAUAUUUGUAUCAACACUGGGCUUUUUUGUGUGUACCCUUUAUUAAAAUGUAUGUUUCCAUUGCUCUGCUUGAAUCGUGAUGAAACCACAUUAGGUUAGGCCAUAUUAGACUUUUUAAUGUUCCAAAUCAGUAUUGGUUUUCAACUACAAGUUCUGCCAGGUGCUAUGUUAAGUGGAACAUGCCUCUGUGGUGUAGAAAUGUAGUGUGCACCUUGUACUUAUGUUGUUUCACAUUGGCCAAAUUGAACAGUGCUGCAGUGAAUAAUUAUGAAUAAUUAUGCAAUGGUUCAAUGAAUGAGUGCCAAAAAAAGAGUUGACCCUGUUGAAUACCUGUUGGAUACCAUGUGCCAUUGUAUUGCUGAUUGUUUUUAUGUAUUCUCAUGGCCUGAUUUUCUGUUUAUUCAACAUAUCAAUGUCAAACUGUGCCUCCAUGUGCAUUUAAAAAAAUGUCUGUGUAUGUAAUUAUUAACUCUGUCCAACCUUAAGUGCACUUACCUAUACGUUUAACUUAACAAAAUCACGUAAAGCCGCUGCUUUCACAAAGAUAUUUUUUUUGCAGGUUGCUUACGUUCAGAGUCCACAGCUGGCAAGGAUCUGUUUGCGAAGCAUACAACAAUCUUGCAAAGUAUUAACAGCCAUCAUUAAAGUGAUUUGGUUUAUCACUAGUUGCCUGCUGUUAACAUGAGAGAUGUAAGCCUCUGGCUUAAUGCCGCUUUGAAUUUUUUGUUGUUCACAUCACCUUCUUAUUUUGAUACUCCAUAUGCCUUAUUAACAAUGGAUACCAACUUUUUUAACAUUUAUAAGGACAGUUUUGUGUGUGUAUUUGAAAGUAUUGAUGUUCAAUAAAGUUGGUUUUCACCA